AUGGAAGAUUCGACAGACAUGGAUAUGAGCCCUCUGGCGUCCCAGAACUAUCUUUUCGGUUGUGAGCUCAAAGCCGACAAAGAUUAUCACUUGAAGGUGGAUAAUGAUGAAAAUGAGCACCAAUUAUCUUUACUAAUGGUCAGUUUAGGGGGUGGUGCAAAGGAUGAAUUGCACAUUGUUGAAGCAGAGGCAAUGAAUUAUGAAGGCAGUCCAAUUAAAGUAACACUGGCAACUUUGAAAAUGUCUGUACAGCCAACACUUUCCCUUGGUGGCUUUGAAAUAACACCACCUGUGGUCUUACGGUUGAAAUGUGGUUCAGGGCCUGUGCAUAUUAGUGGACAGCACUUAGUAGCUAUGGAGGAAGAUGCAGAGUCAGAAGAUGAAGAGGAGGAGGAUGUGAAACUCCUAAGUAUGCCUGGUAGGCGUUCUGCCCCUGGAGGUGGUAGCAAGUUUCCACAGAAAAAAGUGAAACUUGCUGCCGAUGAAGAAGAUGAAGAUGAGGAUGAGGAUGAGGAUGAAGAAGAUGAUGAUUUUGAGGAUGAGCAAGCUGAAGAAAAACCUCCAGGAAAAAAAGGUCAAGAAUCCUUCAAAAAACAGGAAAAAACUCCUAAAACACCAAAAGGACCUAGUUCCGUAGAAGACAUUAAAGCAAAAAUGCAAGCAAGUAUAGAAAAAGGUGGCUCACUUCCCAAAGUGGAAGCCAAGUUCAUCAAUUACGUGAAGAAUUGCUUCCGGAUGACUGACCAGGAGGCUAUUCAAGAUCCCUGGCGGUGGAGGGAGUCUCUUUAA